UGAUUUAGUUUGAUUUCUUGCUUGCGCGGAACGUGACGUGUGUGUGACCCCGUAGAACCUGCUGCGCGCGGAACGUCGUCGUGGAGUCCGCGAAAGGGUGUUUUUUUGCAGAAGAAAAUCGCGGAUUUUUUCGCGUCGUCCGGGAGCUCAUUUGCUGCGGGGUUCUGAGGAAGUUCCGGAGCGAACGUCCGGAUUGGGUGGCCGCAGAUUGGGCGAUGCCGCAGGUGGAUCCGGAUUAUUGGUGAUAAACUGGGAGUGUGGGGGGAAAGGUGGUGUGUUCCGGAAGAUCCACCAGUGUGAAUGGCAGGCCGCUUCCGGCAGUGUUACACUAGCGUACGAGGCGGUUCGUGUCGGAAGUGAUACCGAAUCAGCGCGUUGUGCCAGAGAUAAACAGGAAAAGCCCGCGCGAAAGAAGGGCGAAUCCCACCGAUUGUGGGGCACGCUAGGUGUGAAAACAAGUUGGUACAACUCUGUAACGCCAGCUCCACCCCCACCUGGUGGCGCUAGGGUGAAAGUGUGGCCAUCCGGAAGAAGAUCCGCGGGUAGAGAGACGGGGAGCACCUGGGAAGUGAUAAUUAUGUUGAUUGCAUAAAAAAGAAAAACAACGAGUGAGCCGCCCCCGAAAAAAAGAUAAAAACCGUGGGAGCGCCCCUCGCCCCCAAAAAGCCGUGAGAAAUAAUAUUUAUCGAAAGCUUACACCUGAUGAAUUAAUAAUUGCAUUUUAAUUAACAAUAUGGUGAAUUAUUUUGUCCGGAUUUAAUCAUUUCGCACUGGUGAAGCGACCCUGAAGAGAGAGAGGCGUGUUGGAAAUUUGCGCCUCACCGGAUUCACGAUCCAGAAGAAGGGGGUUGUGCUAUUUUGUUUCACUUCCGGGCGGGUGCCGUGGCGCCCGGAUUGUUGUCACCGGUCCAGUGCAGCGGAACGGGGAUUAUGAAAAUUGAAUAAUUAAGCUCGUUUUAGGCCGCGCUGGAAAAGCAGAGCCUCGUGAAAACAAACAAGGCUCUCAUUGUGAAAAGUGUGCUGUCCCCGCAGGAAGAGCCCCCCAGUGCAAAAAUAAAAAUUAAAACGCGGCCACAAUCGAUGAAAAAUUUAUGAUAAUCAUAAUCAUUGUGAAAAUAUGCAGUGAAAAUUGGCGCGUUGAAUUAUUGAUCGCCGAAGCCGAGAUUAAUGCCAAUUUUUCCGUGCCCGGAAAAGCCGGAAACCAGGCGGUGGCCGGAAGCGACGUGGCGAGCAGAUUAACCCUCGAAUGUCCGAGGUCGUCCCCGGGGGAAGAGUGAGCAGUGUGUGCUGAUUGAUAUAAUAUGGUUUUGUGAGUUAUCGGCGCCCAAAAAUCGCGAGUGCGAAAAUCUCCUUGCGAGCGAAUCAUUCGAAUCCAAUAAAAUAAAAUUUAAUUAAUUGUAGUGCGUGAGCCAAGUGAGUGAGAAUCCUCCGAGGGGGGAGCCGAGGUGCCCAGCGUGCUUUUAAUUGGUGUGUGUGUGUGGGUGGCGUCGUCCAGUGUCCAGCUUGCAUUGCUGGAUUUUUAAUUGACUCCUCGCGUCGAGGAGGGAAAAGAGUGGAAAUCCCCCCUCCACCAAUGAAAAACAGUAUCAUCACAACCAGCGGCCGCCGAUUUCCACGACCAUAUGCAGCGAUGGAUUUCCGGAGCGGAAUUUUAACGAUUAUUUACGUUUUCACGAUACUGGUGACGGCCCACAGUACCGUCGCCCGGGCAGAUGAAAAUCUGGACACGCGGGAAGGCGAAACGUUGACCCUCAAGUGCCGCUUCGGCGAGCAGCAGUCGACGAACGACUUCACCUACUACUGGGCCCGGUGGACGACGGCCAACAAGUUCGACAACGUGGCCAUCAACAACGUGCAGCUGAACACAAAUUACCGAAUCGACUUUCGGCCGGACAAGGGAGUGUACGACCUGCACAUCUCCAACACGUCCUACGGCCGGGACAACGGGCGGUUCGAGUGCCGCAUCAAGGCGAGCGGGACGGGCGCGGACGUGCACCAGGAGUACUACAAUCUGACGGUGCUGACGCCCCCGCAGCCGCCCCUGGUAGCGCCGGGGACGAUCGCCGUCGCCACCGAGGACAAGAAGCUGGACCUGACCUGUUCGAGCAUCGGCGGCUCGCCGGAUCCGACGAUAACAUGGUAUCGAGUGGGGUCGAAUAGCCCUCUCCAGGCGCCGAUUAAUCGCGGUGGAUCGAAGGACCUGCAGACGACGAGUACGCUGUCGGUGUUGCCCCGGCGGGAGGAUGACGGGGCCAAGUAUCGGUGCGUCGUGUGGAAUCGGGCCAUGCCCGAAGGACACCGGCUGGAGACGGUCGUGACGCUGUCUGUUAACUGUAAGUGCAACUUCUACACAUCUUUAGUCGAUUACGAUAAGUAUUCUCAAACAACAAUUAAAUUUCACAAACUUUUACAAAGUUAAUUUAACGAAAACGCACCCAAAGCAAGUCUCCUGAAACUCCAAGACAUUUUCUUCAAUUUUUUGAGUGAAUUACCAUGUAC